CCACACAACAGAAAGAUGGUGGCUGGUGGUCACGGCCAAAGAUAGACCCCGCUUGGUCAAGUGCCCCUCACACUCACACAUUGUUUGGUGUCCAGCUGUGCCUUGUUCUUCUGUGGGCUGAGAUGACGACAGAAACGAGUGAGGGGGUGGAGAGAGACACACACACACACACACACAGAGAGGGAGAGCGAGAGUGAUUCAGAUACAGAGCAGAACGCUUGUUGUAGCAUCUCACUCUGAUGUCAAUAAAUGAAGCCGGAGGUAUUGCGUCCCAUUGCAGAGCCUGAAUAGAAAAUCCACAUCCCAAGAUGCAGUGGUGCAGGUGGGCUGGCAGUUGGAGAUCACACUUACCAAGACAGUCUGCAGGUCCGGAGAUUGAAGACUCUUUUGACUUUCUGUUUAAAAUCAUCCUGGUUGGGGACUCGGAUGUGGGGAAGACCUGCGUGGUCCAGAGCUUCAAGUCUGGCAUAUUCAUUGAGAAACAGCAGAACACCAUUGGGGUCGACUUUACAGUUCGUACCCUGGACAUCGAUGGCAGGAAAGUGAAAAUGCAGGUGUGGGACACAGCAGGACAGGAGCGUUUCCGCACUAUAACUCAGAGCUACUAUCGCAGCGCUCAUGGGGCCAUGGUGGCCUAUGACAUUACACGGCGCAACACGUUUGAAUCUGUCCCCCACUGGAUCAGGGAGGUGGAGCAGUAUGGAGCGGCCAGUGUGGUACUGAUACUAAUUGGUAACAAGUCAGACCUCGAUGCUCAGAGGCAGGUGCUGUUCGAGGACGCGUGCACUCUGGCGGAAAACAAUGGUGUCCUGGCCGCUCUAGAAACCUCAGCCAAGGAGGCCCAGAAUGUGGAGGCGGCCUUCGUCCUCAUGGCCCGGGAGCUGCUGGCACGCAACGGCAUGACCAUCACAGAUGAAGCCUCUCUAGACCAACCUCAAUUCAUGUUGAGUAACAGUUCCCACCCAGUCCAUGGUACUGUGUCGUCAGAUAAAAAGUGUGGAUGCUGAACGGGAUUCAAGCGGGGGUGUGUUGAUUAAGACUUGUUCUCAACGUACAUGAGUGUGUGUGAAAAGUUUCUCUACAAGGAAAGAAGGUUAUUUACAUGAGAAUAGUUUAAAGAGAAACUACAUAUGUUGCAUUGUGUGUGUGAAUAUAGGUUUUGUACAUGUUUUGACUUUUAAUAUUUAUACAGUUACAGAAAUCAGUUUAAUGCAGGUUUUAAAUGGUCAUUGCUUAUCAAACGUAUUUUGCAAUAUUCUCCUGAUGAUAACCGCUGCUGAAUGAGAUAAUGAUUCUGGCAUUACAAACCACACCUCUGCUAAAGGACUAACAGAAUAUUUUCACUUGACACGCAAAGAUUUUAUAUCCUUUUUAAUUGUCAUAUAGUAUGGCUUUUACAGUACAUUACACAGUUCCACGGCUUUAACCUGCAACUGAAGUCGCCUGCAAAUUAUACAUUAGCUAAACCUGUCAUUUUACAAAUAUAACAAACCAGCACGACAUGACAUUU